AUGGAUCAUGAUAAUCAUGAAACCCACCUAAGAUAUCAGGCUCCCUUGAAAGCUCUAGAUGUGCAGGCCAUGUACUAUGAUCUAGAGCCUAACUAUGAGGAGCGAGAUAUGGAGCAGAGUAUGGCGCAUCACAGAGACUUAUAUGUCCCGCUCCAGCUUAGCGCUAUUGCCAUUGCAGAAUUCGAAAAGCAAGAUGAUAUCAUCCGAGAGAUCGGCUCUCUGCGCCCCGUAUACCCACUGUCGCCUUAUCGUCUCAUCCCAAAGUCGAUCCCAUACCCGGAUUAUGCCCACGAUGGUAUUCCCCGCUCUGAGCAAAAGCUGUUCGGUCAACACAGGAUCAAGAUCUUGAAUAAGGCAGAGCAAGAGGGCAUGCGCGUGGUAUGCCGCCUUGCUCGUGAGGUUUUGGAUAUUGCUGGAGCUGCAGUGAAACCCGGUGUGACCACCGAUUAUAUCGAUCAGUUGGUCCACCAGGCUUGUGUUGAGCGCGACUCUUAUCCCUCCCAGCUCAACUAUGUGCACUUCUCUAAGUCUGUAUGCACUUCCGUCAACGAGGCCAUCUGCCACGGUAUUCCCGACCAACGGCCCCUCGAGGAUGGCGAUAUCAUCAACAUUGAUGUGACCUCAUACCGCAAAGGAUUCCACGGCGAUAUUAACGAGACCUACUAUUGUGGUGAGAAGGCCAUUGCAAACGCAGAUGCUGUGCGAGUCGUCGAGACCGCACGCGAUUGUCUGGACCAAUCGAUUGCACUUGUUAAACCUGGCAUGCUUUUCCGCAAACCCGGCACAGUGAUCGAGAAACUUGCCAAGUCCCGUCAAUGUACUACUGUGGUCACGGUAUUAACCAACUUCCACUGCGCCCCCCCCCCCCCCAACAUCCCUCACUAUGCCAAGAACAAGGCUGUCGGUACCGCUAAGCCCGGCAUGUGCUUUACCAUCGAGCCCAUGAUCAACAUUGGCACAUAUCAGGACCGUACAUGGCCUGACGACUACUGCUGA